AUGCUACCCGUCUUGCUUGUUCUUUUCGGGCAUUUCUCUGCUGGGGCCCUGGUCGGUCCUUGUCGGUGCGCAGAGGGCGGCGACACGAGCGAGGGAGUGCAGCAGCUUUUAAUCUUGCCUCGACGGCAGCACCGCGCCCACGACCACGACAGCGGAGGCAGACAGAGGCAAGGCAUUGGAACGCCAGAAGCAUCGUCCCAGAUUGCCUCGUCGAUCUCGCCCUGGCCGUGGCCAACCAACGGUGGCAAGGGGCUUGCGCUACCCAUGCCAGCUUCCAGCCGGUGCCCCGUCCUUGUACCGGGCGUGCUUUGGCAGGCCAGGGCAGCCUCUCGCCCUCUGCUCACCUCAGCUUAUCGCUCGCCUGCCACUGCCGCUGUCAUUUCCACGCUUUUUCUUGCAUCUCGCUCUCGCACUUGCACUUGCAAUGCACUGCACUGCACUGCACUGCACUCCACUCCACCGCACUGUACCGCACCGGAGCCAGAGCGCGAUACGCUGCACGCCUGCGACCCAAACCAUGUCUGUGUUGAAUUUCAGUGGGACACGUCGCUCCUGCUCCUGCUCCUGCUCCUGCACGCCAACGGUGCCCGUGGCUUGCUGGGGGGAGACUACCGUCACGAUCUCCAUCUCCCUGCAGCCCGCCCACCUGCAAGUCCAUCGACAGCGACGUUGUGUGCCUCGUUGCAACUCAGGUACCCGUCUCUCAACCAUGCGCAUGCCUUCACACCCGCUGUAAGGGCCUUCCCUGCUCCGGCCAGCGGGCCCCCCUCCCCCAAGACCACAACCGUCGCCCGCCGGCCCAAACGGCUGCGCAUCGCUGGCGCCUGCUUUUUCGUCUGUCCCGGCUUCCGCUUUUUCGGCGGCCCGCAGUUGACUCAUUGCCAACGCCAAUACGAAGCAUGCAACUACGGGCGACAUAGCUACUUACAGGGAACGCCAACUGUCACACCUACGUCAAUUUUUGCCUCGCUUGCUGCUUUCCGCCACGCCUACGAGGCGCAUGAUCCAAUACCACUGUGCAUCCAUCCACCAAAACAUUGCUCCAGAGUUUGGCCCCUAGCCACAAGUCUGAACUUACUUUCCCUUCUGCCUAUUACACCUACAACUAAGCCGAACCGCUGGGGGAGGGGGCAAUGCAUGACGACAAGCCAUUCCUCGCCCUCGACCGACCAUUUCCAGCCCUCCCCUCGUCUCCACCAGGGUUGGCACUAUCUCGGGCAUACUACCACCCCAGUGAACGCAUAG